AUGUCCGACACAAAGCAGCCGACCCUCAAAGGUCUCGCCGCCGACAUCACCAAGAACGCUGCAAUCGUCUCGGACUUCCUUGACAAGACAAACAACCACUUCACUUUCGACACGGAUUCCCCUCCCAGCUUCCCUAAGACUGCCUCCGAGGAUGUGACCGCUGCACGUAUGCAGUUGAUAUACGCUGCAAGACAACUACAAUUUCUUGCCUUGGGGCCUACAGAGUCGCUGCAGUGGUUUGCUCUAUCUGGUGCCCCAGAUACAACGACGCUGCAAUGGCUUUACCACUAUGAUAUUCCCUCCGCGGUGCCGAACCAAGACUCAAUCAGCUAUGCCGACCUCGCUAAGAAACUCAACCUGAACCAACACAAGAUGACUCGAAUCCUCCGCCACGCCAUGACCAAUAAUAUCUUUCUAGAACCUAUACCGGGUCACAUCGCACAUAGUAGUCUGUCCAAGCAACUCGCCGAGCCAGGAAAUCUCAUCCGUGGACCUGUGGGAAACUUGACGCAGACCGUCUAUCCUGCUGUCUCUCGUAUGGUCGAUGCUCACGAGAAGUACGGCACCAAUGAUGAGAAGGGCGUGCACGCUCCUUUCAAUGUUGCUUAUGAUACUGAGAAGAGGGCUCUUGAGUAUAUAGCGAAUGAUCCUGUGAGGUCAGUAUGGUUUACGGAGAGCAUGAAAGGAGGCGCUGCUGCCGGGCCCUCUAGCACAAGAUAUAGUGUUGAGGCGUUCGACUGGCAAAGCCUAGGUAAUGGCGUCGUUGUCGAUGUCGGCGGCUCAGCAGGUCAUGUAAGCAAAGCCAUCGCAGCAGCAGCACCAGACCUUCACUUCAUCGUCCAGGACCAACCAGCGAUGGUAGGCAAAGGCCAAGCCGAGCUCGAACCAGAACUGAAAGAGCGUUUCACAUUCCGACCCCACGACUUCUUCACCACACAACCUUAUAACGAACCAGCAGCUUUCUACCUCCGACUCAUCCUACACGACUGGCCAGACGAGGACGCGGCACUGAUACUGCGAGAGCUAGCCGCGAAAAUGGGACCAGAGACAAGACUACUGAUUAAUGAUGCUGUUGUGCCUGAGCAUGGGGCUAUGCAUCCUUUGCAGGAGAAGUAUGUUCGCAAUGCUGAUAUGGUCAUGAUGUCCAUGUUCAAUGGUCUAGAGCGUGAGAAGAGUGAUUGGGAGGAUGUGAUCAAGAGGGCCGACCCGAGUCUACAUAUCGUGGGAAUUACGAAGCCGAGAGGUGGAUCGUUGUCUAUGAUUGAGAUCAGAAAGGAAUGA